AUUGUUGCCAUGGACGUCGAGGAAGCGGCCGUCGCGAGAGACAUGGCCAGCUUCCUGCGGCGGGACGUGCUGGACGAGCUUACGGGCACGAAGGAAGCACUCAUCCAGGCCGAGUCGCGCUGGAUGCGCAUGCAGGGCCAGGAGCAGGCGACGGGCAAGUCCAUGAAGGCGACCAUCAAGACCGAGGGCGCGUCGAUCCUGGAGGCUGACAUUGAGCUCAACUUGCGCCGUGGAUACCUCGUCAACACCAAGCUGCACCAGCCGUGCGUCUUGGACCAGCUCCUCGAGUUCCACCGUAUACUGCAUAUGCAGUACCGCGCGAUCGCCCGCGUUGUGAGCGUGCUCGAGAAGGACGUCGCACACACCGGGCCCGAGACGGUCAGCAUCGACGACGUCGCGCUGCUCGUGCACUACACCCACGAGGCCUUGGCGUUAUUGGCCCAAGCGUUGCGCCAAGCAGGCAUGGCGGUGCGCCUCCCGAGCAAGCGCCGGUUUCCGUACAGCGCCCAGCUCGACCACUGCUUCUCCCCGCCGCUGCCAAGCGACAUCCUCGUGGACCUCUCCGUGCACCAGGCGCGCGUGCUGGUCGAAGCGUUCGUCGUCGCUCCAUCGUCCAAGCCCGUGGACGAGCUCCUCUCGAAUAGCUCGAAAAAGGAGUUUGUCGGCCAAGUCACGCUCUUUCGCGGCCAAACGAUCGAGAUUGUGCGUCAAACAAGCGUGUGGCUGGACCUUCCGGGCCUCGAAGACUUGCUCGUUGUCCUCGACGACCACGUCGCGCGAGUCACUGCGCUCCGCAACAAGGCCGACGCGCUCCUCCAGUGCGUCCCGGACGCCAUCCCGUGCAUGUAAUAACAACGCUCUAUUCUUUCGUGUGUGCAAAUAUACACUUGUCGCCAAACCGGCAGCUGCCCG